GAAUCAACGACGAGCCUCAUGAGUUCGUGUCCUAUGUUCAGCCCUUCAUCGGAUAAGCGCUUCUGGAGCGCUCUCCGCAGCCGAAUCGACACCAUUCUCGAGAAUCGCAAGCCUUUUGAUCCCUCUUUCUCCACCCAAAUGAAUUCUGGAGAACCAGAACGCGCAAAGAGAAUGAGGGAGGACUCGCUGCUUUUGCUCAGAGGGUUCGACUCUGUUGCAUGUUCUCUGUCUCAGCUAUCUAAAAAUCUGGACAAUGCUCUUCAGGGAGCAAGAGAUCUGGCCAGACCACCCACAAUUACUGAUAUAUAUCACAGUGCACUGGAAAAGGCCAAAAACAGAGAAGAAGAAGCUGAAGAGGCCAAAGAAGAAGAAGAAGAAGAGAGUGAAGAAGGCAAGAGAGUAUUGAAGAGAAAGUUUGAUGCUCAACAAGGAGAUGAUUUAAAAGAGAGUGAGAAAAGCCCAAAUGAAGAGGGGAAUUUCAAGAAGGCCAAAAAUCUUGCGAUUUCGAUGGCUACAAAAGCAACCUCGCUUGCAAGAGAACUUAAGUCGAUCAAAUCAGACUUUUGUUUUAUGCAAGAACGAUGUGCUCUUCUUGAGGAGGAGAAUCGGAGGCUUCGCGAUGGAUUUGCCAAAGGGAUUAGACCCGAGGAAGAUGAUUUGGUGAGGCUUCAAUUGGAGGCACUGCUUGCUGAGAAAUCCAGAUUAGCAAAUGAGAAUGCAAAUUUAACAAGGGAGAACCAGUGCCUAAACCAGCUAGUGGAGUACCACCAACUCACUUCCCAAGAUCUCUCUUCAUCAUACGAGUACAUAAGGGGCUUGUGCUUGGACUUCUCUUCCCCACCACCACCAAUACCAGAAGAAGGAGAUGGCAAUGAAGUUCCUAAGACACCACAAAUGGAUGUUUUUGGAUUGUGCACUUCUCUUGAUGAAUACUAUGAUGGAGAAGAACAACAUCAAAAUUACAAGAUCGAUCAAGCACAGUCUUGAACUUCUUUGUUGUUUCAGUUUAAGUUGGGCUUGAAUUUUUGCUCCAAUUGUAAAAGUUUGAUGUUCAUUGCUUGUAGGAAUAUAACAUCAUGGUUGAGUUGUUUUAUUUCAUAAUAAAGAAAUCAUUAUUUCAAUA